AUACGAGAUUUGGGGUAUUAUUAGAAAAUUUAAAUUAAAUUAAUACUGAUGAGCGCAAUUGGCCAGCGCAUUUUCUGUACGGUCGAUUGCCCAAUCAGUGCAGCAGUUACUGCGAUUCGCGUUCGCUACUGGAAUAAUUCUCCUACAAUCGCCGAUUUUUGCCGGGAGGAGCUGUAAUCCUUUCGAAGGAGUUGAUUUAUAGUCGCUUCGGAUGAAUCGGUUUGCGUGGAGGUGGAGAAUUUGAGCGAGGGAUUGUUGUCGAAUCGCGGAGAAAGGAGAGCGAUGAACUUCGGUAAGGGAAAUCAUGAAGAGGAAGAAGAGGAGGACGAAGAGUUCGGGAGCAGGAAAGACGCCGCAGCGUCGAAUAACAGCGCACGAGAUGUGAAGAACGGUGAUAAAGCUAAUGCUAUAAGGUCGAAACACUCUGUGACGGAGCAGCGUAGGAGGAGCAAAAUUAAUGAGAGAUUUCAAAUAUUAAGAGAUUUGAUACCACAUAGUGAUCAGAAGCGAGACACCGCAUCCUUUUUGUUAGAGGUUAUUCAGUACGUACAGUUUCUACAGGAAAACGUACAGAAGUAUGAAAGCUCAUGUCAACCUUGGAGCUCAGAGCCCACAAAGUUAAUGCCUUGGAGGAACAAUCACUGGCGAGUCCAGAGCUUUUCCGGUCAGCCACAACCCAUGAAGAACAGUUCAGGAAUUGUCACAACAAUUCCUGCCACAUUCGAUGAAAACAAUAACCCCUCCUUUCCUGCAUCAAUACAGCAUCCAUGCCAACCAAACCUUGUUGAGUCUGCCCCAGUUGGUGUAGCCCCCUGUCGAUCAAUGGAUCCUCAAACUGAAAAUCCUCCACAAGGAUGCAUGUCUGUUCCCAGCACAACUGACGGUGCAUUUCCACAGUCAAUAUCCAGGCCAGCAGCCUCCAAGAGGCAAUCAGCUGAAUAUCCAACUGCUGCUCCCCUAAAUGUUGCAGAUGAGCUUACCAUUGAGGGCGGAACAAUCAGCAUCUCUAGUGUUUAUUCGCAGGGGUUGCUGAAUUCAUUGACGCGGGCACUUGAGAGCACAGGUGUGGAUCUCUCUCAAGCAAACGUUUCUGUCCAGAUCAAUCUUGGCAAACGAGCAAAUGGAGGAUCAAAUCCGAACAUAUCUAUUCCUAAGGAUCAAGAUAUGGCUGUGCAUUCGGGAAACCACAGGCCAUUUCAAGACUUGAACAACAGCGAGGACUUUGAUCCUUCGCAGAAAAGGAUGAAGCUUUGAACUGGUGUCAAAGGUCUGUUUUCAGCUCUUAAUUUAUGGAUACGAAUUUGUUUUUGAUACCGACAUUUGCCUUUUAUGUUAUUGUUACAUGUGUUGGAUUGCCGUAUUUCCUUGUCUAGUUUUUAUAUGGCUGAAAUGAUGACUAAGUUAGCUUAUGAUGGCAUUCUAAUUGUGGGAUUCAAAUAAAUGCAGACACUGCUUGUAUGUAAGCUUUUCGAAGUUUCUGGUG